AUGAUGCCUCAAGACCUCUUCUCCGAUUCCCUCGUCGCGAGCCCCGAGUCGCAAACACCAAGACUCGAUGUCUCUGAAGGUUCCACGGCAACGGGAAAUGAUGGGUAUAAUGAGUUCACAAUCCACAGACAAGAGGGGAAACGCUCGAGCGCCCAACAGCUGCGGACAAACAGAGCCAAAGUCAACGAGAGAAAUGAUCUGCAUCCAUAUGUUCAGACACUGUCCCUAUCAAAUCUAGAGAGUUGCGUAGCAUUAGAGAAUGCCGUAUUUUCAGAGCUGGAGAGAUGCGCAAGAGAAAAGUUCAUUUACCGCCUAACGACCUGCCCCGAACUCUGCUUGGGCCUCUUCUCCUCCACUCCUCCAAACUCUCCGAACGCUUCCAUACCCACGUUCCCCACUGCACGGCCCGCGGAUUCCGCCUCUCCGGAUCUGAAAUCGGUGCUCAUCGCCAUGGUCAUAUCAACAAAAACCAUGAGCCCUACCGUGACAGACGAGAGCAUGGAUGUAGCCCCCAAUUGGAAGAUUAACCCCUCAAAUACUAGCAUCCACGGCCAUCGUGAAGAUGGCCGAACGAUAGCCAUCCAUUCGCUUAGCGUUUUGCCAGCUUUUCAAGGGAGGGGUCUAGGAAAGACGAUCAUGAAAGCCUACCAGCAGCGGAUGGAGACGAGUGGGAUCGCCGACCGAAUGGCGUUGUUGGCUCAUGAUCAUUUGGAAGAAAUGUAUGAAGGCAUGGGAUUUGAAAACAAGGGGAAGAGCGAUGUUCGAUUCGCAGGUGGAGGUUGGAAUAGUCUGACAUAUGAAUUCGCUGAACAUGGGCCGGGAUCUUGA